AUGGACAAUGCGUGUGACAACGACCCAGUGGACGAUAACCCAGUGGACGAUAACCCAGUGGAUGAUGACAAUCCAGUGAGGCCAAAUGGACUGGUAAGCAGCAGUCAGUCGAUUUGUAAUGAAGACCUCUGCAAUGAAGACCUCUGCAAUGAAGACCUUUGCAAUGAAGACCUCUGCAAUGAAGACCUCUGCAAUGAAGACCUCUGCAAUGAAGACCCUUGCAAUGAGGACCCUUGCAAUGAGGGCCCUUACAAGGAAUGUUGUCCCGUGAUUGCAAAGCUAUCGAGUUCGUCAUGGCAGAGCCGACCCUACCCGAGUCCGGAGUCAGUGGCUCCCUCCCCUGUAGACGUCUUUGCGGAGAUGCCGACGGUUCAGGGUCGAGAGAUCACGUUUGGUCGGACGGCAACGGCUGGGCUCGAGCCGGGGUUGUGCCGCUCUCCAGAGAGCCGCCCUGUAGAGUGCGGUCCUCUAGAUUGCCGCCCUCUGGACUUGAAUGAAGCUCUGAGUCGACACCCUUCCGGAUCGGAUCGGUUCUCUUCUCUCAACGGGACUGACUUGGAACGCACGUCAACAGACGUCGAGCCUGCGCCUGUCUCGCGACAUAGUCCGAAUCAUGUUCGUAUCGUCCGUGCGGGAUGGUUGGAAGCUCCCUCUCGAUCCGAAGCACCCGCGGCUACUCGAUCCAGAUAUGUAGCCGAAGCACAAAACAAGAUAGCUGAAGGAGUCCGAAGGCUAUCUGCAUGCGACCAGAACGGGUUUGCUCCCAGACCCUUCUCCACGAAUAAAGCAUCUGGGGACGGAGCUUCGGGGGGUGGAAGUCCGCGAGGCGCAGCUUCCGAGUACGUUCCAGCUGGGACGAGACACCGAUCUGUACCACAAGAAGUUACUUAUCCUGACCGAAGUCGACAUCCUGACCGAAGUCGAGGUCCUGACCGAAGUCGAGGUCCUGACCGAGAUCUUGGUCUCAAUGGAGAUCUUGGUCCCAGUCUACGGGUUGGUCCCGGUCCACUGGUUGGUCCCGGUCUACAGGUUGGUCCUGACCGAUAUCUCCUUGGCGGUGGUCUACGUAACGGAGCCGAAACGGCAACUUCAGUAACAGCCUUUGAUACCAUAUGUACGGGAGGGAUCAGUCAGACCAUUGAGAGUCAGACUAUUGAGAGCCAAAAGGAUGAGGGCCGAAAGGUUGAGGGGAUUAAGGUUGGUGAGAAGGAAGAUAGUUCAGCUCAGAAUCAAACUGGAACGCUACUCCUCACCAAAUGGGUCAGGGACUGGUACGGCGAGCAUUCGCAGAAUAGGCAGUCUGCCUCUGAGUCUACGUCUCAGUGUGCCUCUGAGGAUGAGUCAUUCCGAGACGGCACUUUGCAAUUAUGUCGCCCGCCCAAAUGGAAGCCUGAAGGUACGGAGCAGGGAGCUAGCGGCUGCACCCACCGACACGAUCAGACAUCUGACGUGUCAACUUCGUCCUACUUUUCUGUGGAUUCUCAAGGUGACAAAGCCCAUCACAAACGAGCCAAGAAAAUUUUGUCGGUCAUUAAGCAAAAAUUCACUAGCAACACCUAUGCUGGAAACUAA